AUGGGCACAGCACGCUUCAUGAAAACUUUACGCGGAAGACAUAAAGAUGGAUAUGUAGUAGUUAAACUUUUCAUAAAGCCAGAGACUGGGCUCAAUUUAUCGAAACAAAUCAGAAAAAUAAGAGAGGAAUCUAAAGCACUAAGCGAUGUUCCGAAUGCAUUUUAUUGUCAGCGGGUAAUGGAAACUGAUAAAGCAGCCUAUCUAGUUCGGCAAUGCUUAUAUAGUAGCUUAUAUGACAGAAUAAGUACUCGACCCUUCCUAACCUUAAUUGAAAAGAAAUGGGUUGCUUAUCAGAUUUUACGAGGAAUGGCAGACUCUCAUGCUCGGAAUGUAUACCAUGGAGACUUUAAAACAGAAAACGUCCUGGUGACAACCUGGAAUUGGGCAUAUAUUGCAGAUUAUGCAUUUUAUAAGCCAACUUAUUUGCCGGAAAACAAUCCUGCUGAUUUUUCAUACUUUUUUGAUACGUCAUAUCGAAGAACUUGUUACAUCGCUCCUGAACGAUUCUAUAAGUCCGGAACAGAGAUAGACCAGAAAAUGAGACAGAAAGCAGACGGGGACGAACAGCUGACGUACAAAAGUGAAUUGACAGAUAAAAUGGAUAUUUUCUCGACUGGCUGUGUAAUUGCAGAAUUAUUCUUAGAGGGAACACCGUUAUUCACAUUGUCGCAGUUAUUCAAAUAUAGAACAGGCGAAUAUAAUCCAAAUUCAUUAUUAGAACAAAUAGAGGACAUUCAUAUCAGGGAUAUGAUCCUCCAUAUGAUUCAAAUAGAUCCUGAAAAACGAUUAUCAGCCGAGAAAUAUUUGGAUCAAUGGCACGAAAAGGCAUUCCCACAUUAUUUUUAUGCGUUUUUAUAUCCAUAUAUGUGCUCUUUGAAUGAAAAGGAAGAACAGCAUCAGCGUGACCACCAUCACAAUUUGCAUCAUCACGCUCAGAAACAUAAUACCAAGAACACAGCAGAAUCUACUAUAAUAGCAGCAUUAUCUUCAGCGUACCCCAGCAUAAGUAAACAGCGAAAAUUAACCGAUGCAGAUGAAAAAAUUGAACGCAUAUUUUACGACUUCGAUCGCAUAAUACAUAACGUAUCUAUACAAUGCGAUAAUGACACUACAAGUUCUAAUGUUAGGACUAAACGUAGACCCUCUAAUACAGCAACUAGUGUCUUGUUGCCUCAUUAUAAUUCAACCAUACCCACCAUAUUAAUGAAGGAUGAGAAUUGUGAGACUGCUAAUCCGGAGCCAGACGAAGGGGCAUUUCUUCUUUUAUCAUCAUUUGUAUGCUCCAUGAUAAGAAACACGCUCUAUCCAAACUCUAGGCUUAAAGCGCUGGAUAUUAUUUUAGCUCUCAGUCAACGCUUACCAGAUGACGUGAAGCUCGAUCGACUUGUUCCCUAUCUUAUUGUUCUCUUGACGGAUGAAUCAGCCUUGGUUAGAGCUAACGCUAUUAAAACCCUGACUCAAGUUCUUUGUCUAGUUGAAUCCAUAUCUCCCAUCAAUACGCGUAUCUUUCCGGAAUACAUCCUACCCAGCAUUCGACCAUUCGCCACUGAUCCUGAGGUUUUGGUCCGAUAUACCUAUGCUAGUUGCAUUGCCUUAUUAGCAGAAACAGCCUUACGAUUUCUAGAAAUGACACAACUCUUGAAAUCUGAGGAAGAAUACCCAGUGCAACAACAGCAGCAAGAUACAUUUGAUUCAGCAGCUGCCCAUGAUCAGGAAGAUCUCGAUCUAGAGUCGGCUUAUGAUACUGCGCUACAAGAUUUGCAGGCUGUCAUCCAAGAACAAGCAAUCACCUUAUUAAUCGAUCCAGAAAGUUCAGUCAAGCGUGCACUACUAACUAACAUUACUUGCCUCUGUGUAUUCUUCGGCAGGCGAAUGGCCAACGAUGUGUUGUUAAGCCAUAUGAUUACAUACCUUAAUGACAAGGAUUGGCUGCUUAGAAGCGCUUUUUUUGAAAGCAUCAAGGGAGUUGGUACAUUUGUAGGGGCUAGAAGUUUGGAGGAAUAUAUUCUGCCGCUUAUGGUGCAGGCACUGACUGAUGCUGAAGAGUUUGUGGUUGAAAAAGUCCUAAACUCACUUACAAGUUUAGCCGAUUUGGGCCUCUUCCAAAAGAUGAACUUGUGGGAAUUAACCAGUAUCAUUUGGCCUUUGCUUUGCCAUCCAAACUCAUGGAUACGCAAUGGUGCAGUAGGCUUCAUAUCUUCUACGAUUAAACAUCUACCAAACACUGAUCUUUGGUGUAUUAUCUAUCCCAUGUUGCGGCCGUUUCUAAAUUCCGAUAUUGCUGAAGUUAACGAACAAAAUCUGAUAGAAAACAUAAAAAAGCCAAUAUCAAGACGGAUUUACGAGCAAGCUAUCAUAUGGGCAACAAAAGCAACCUCUCAAUCGGUUUUUUGGAACCAGCAGCAUAUCCGCGGUAAACUUCAUAAAGGGUCAGCUUCUUCCAGGCUCUCAACAAUGUCGCAACGCUCAGCAUCAAUGUUCAAUAGCACUUAUUCCUUGGAAGCGGAGCCUCAGUACUACUCCAAGGAAGAUGAAGUAUUCCUGGAUAGGCUUAGAAGCUUCGGAAUGACACUUCAAGAAGAAACAAAAUUAAAAUACAUGCGAGAGUAUAUCUAUAAAGUGUCCAAGUCAAAGAUUAGUCGCCCCAAAAUAUCGGAAGAACAUAAUGCGCACAAAGGUGAAGUUUUUUUGAAGAACCUCAAUGUAACCCCCAUGACUGUAUUCUUGCCUGAUCUAUCACAAAAAUUAUAUAUGAUAAAGACGAAGAAUACUUUGCCAAAGAAGGGCUCAGGAGAUGGGCAAGCGACAACAGCGUUGUCUACCAACACCAAGUUUUCUAAUAAGCCAAAAGAAUAUAUCGAUGUGGGGAACCAUGUAGCCAGCCAACCCCAUAUACAAGCACUUUCCCCUGCUCUCUUGAACAAAGAAAAGCAUAACCACUCUCGUGACUCAUCCAUACCCUUCAAUGUUGCUCCUACAAGGUCAGACGCUAUACCCAUUCCAUUAUCAACUUCCUCGAACAAACAAAAUCGAUUGUCACAGCAACCUCAAUCAUUUUCUUCACCUAUACCCAGUCCGUCUGAUUUCCAUUUUGAGUCUUCAUCAAGUAUACCCUACACUUUAGUUGCAGAAACGAACAAUGGAAAUAGUUUGCUAAAUACCGAAGAACAAGAUAAGAAUCUCAAUGAAACGACAGAGUUGUCGAAAAGUCAUUUUAGUCCUAUUGGAUAUACCCACUUACAAACAUUACUGUAUGAAACUGCUAUGGAAGCCUUUCCUCCAAAUAUACCAGAACUCGUGGGUGAUCCAUUAGUUAUGAAACGUAUCAAAAAAUUAACAAGUCAACUUACACAGCAGCAGCAGCAACAACAACAACAAUUAAACAAUAGUACUACAAUGAGUAAUAGCACUGGUUACUUGGCUCAUCCUUACUGGAAACCAGAGGGUAACCUAGUAGCUCAUUUUACUGAACAUACAGCCGCCAUCAAUCAAUUGGCUAUUUCAUUCGAUCACUUACUUUUUGCAAGCUGCUCCGAUGACGGCACAGUGAGAAUUUGGGAUUGUUCACGUUUGGAAAGAAAUGUGACCAAUCGUUCUAGAGCCACCUACCAUCAACAAGGAGGUAGAAUAAAAUGCAUCACGUUCAUUGAAAACACGUACAGUAUUGCUGCAGCAUCUGAUAACGGAAGUAUCCAUAUAUUCAGAGUAGAUAUUCGGAAUUCAGGUACGGGCGGUUUGAAAUUCGGCAAAUGCCUUCCUGUGCGUGAAUAUCAAUUGAGCGGUAAAGGCGAGUAUGCUGUUACUCUGGCUCACUUUACGAGCAAUGCUUCAAAUACAAUGGCUGGAUCGAAGUCCAUUUUAGUUUUUGCAACUACUCACUGCAAUAUAUACGCCUUGGACGUGCUAACAAUGGAUAUUGUGUGGACCUUGAAGAAUCCAAAGAGUCACGGUGUGAUUACUUCGAUGAUUUCAGAUCCUAAACAUAUGUGGUUAUUGGUAGGAACUAUGCGGGGUAUUCUGACCUUGUACGACUUACGAUUCCAGAUCUCAUUGAGAUCUUGGCAGCAUCCAACUAAAACACGUAUCAGUGCUAUGACAUUGGUGAGCGGAGUGAGCAGCGCAGAUUCUCGUGAACAACAACAAUCCAAUCAUAUGUAUGGCAAUGCAACUACCAGACCUAACAUGAACAAUAAUGUGGAUAAUAUGAUGCAUAGCAUCAAUAGUAGUAAUGAUGACAAGGUAUUGAUAAAAAUAGCCUCCGGCAGAAAUGAAAUAUCUGUUUGGGACAUAGAGCAUCUUAAAUGUAUGGAAGUCUAUGCUGUCAAACAAGGGGAUGAAAAAACCACUGGUGUAAUGUUGGAAUCAUACAAACCACUGGAAACUCCUACGAAUCAUGAUUUAUUGGUUACAUCGUUCACGAAUAACGAAACGCAUCUAGUGGAGAACUCGAUACAGUCUAUUGUUCAAGUAAAUCCCAUAGUAGUGCUUACUGGUGGAACAGAUCGGAAAAUCCGAUUUUGGGAUACUUCACGCAUUGAAAAUUCUGGUAUUGUGUUAGGCAUGGAUAUUGAUGAAUCAAAGCCGCGCUAUAGUUUCAAUUUGUUGAACAAUAUUAAAUUCUAUUUCGAGUUCACUUCUACGACAACGCCAUCAACGAUAGCAGCAGCAGCAACAGCAAAAUCAGCAUCACCUUCUACUUCAUCUUCAUUGCAGCAAAAUAGUUAUCAACAACGUCAACGCCCAAUUCGGGGCAAUAUUCACGGAACUACGUCUUUAUCUACCAAUAGAAGUGAUAAUCCGAUCAAUAGUGAUAACUUUGUUAUACAACAACAAAAUUUACUGAAGAAUCACACAAAUGCAAUUACAGACAUUAUAAUUACAGAAAGGCCAUAUCUCAUGAUAAUCAGCGCUGAUAGAGACGGUGUCAUUAAAGUAAUUGCAUAG